UCCAAUUGUCACACCGAAGACCAUGGACAACUUGAACAUCGGUUCCAUAAACAAUUGCCCGGGUUUGCGGGUGAAUUACUACGGUAAUUCAAACCCGUCGGUAAUCCCCGCAAACCCGCGGCCAAGACAGGCCGUACGCCGUUGCUUCAACUGCAACGGCUACGGUCACAUUGCGCGGAAAUGCAAAAAAUCGAAAAAAAAAUAUAAGCGGCCUGCAGCGGCGGGGAUAGGCUCCAGUGAGAGGCCGGAGCGGGUGGCCCCGGGUGCGGCGGAGAACCCGGAAAGUACCGCGGAAACCCCGGGAACAUCCGAGGUGGCGCCGGGUGCGGCGGCGGAAGCCCCGGGUGCGGCAGCGGAGGCGGCCGAAAAAAAAAAUAUGAGGAGAGUAUGA